CUAUUUUUAAUAUCAAUGACAUAUACCACUUAAAAUAACGAUGGGAGAUGAUUAUAAGUGCAGUAAAUGUAAGCUUACUAAAUCUGAUGGCUAUGUUGGUUGCGAAGGUGUCUGCUCCAAAUGGUUCUACUACUCUUGUGUUGGUCUAACUAAUGUUGAGUUUUCGAUGCUUUCAAAAAGUAAAAAUUUAUAUUUUCUAUGUGAUCUCUGUAGACGUAAAUGCAGCAUUGCUCAAGAAAAAUCCCUGUCUGACCACAAUAAUAGUCUGAAAUCAAUUGACGAACGUUUAUCUGUCAUUUACGAUGUAGUUCAAAAAACCAUCCAGGAAAAGUUAGAUGAGCUCUCUAGCUUCAAAAACGAAAUUGUCGAUAUUCUAAAAAAAAGAUAUUUACGAGAAGAUUUCCCUUAGACUCGACGACUUUUCUUCCAAUUCUUCAAACUCUAACACGUCUGAUCUUAGUAAUAAAGUAUCAUACUCGAAAGCAGUUGCUAAGCAACCUUCUUAUGUAAUUAUGCCCAAGACAAAACAAGCUACCUCAGUCACGAAAACUGCUGAUUCAAAAUAUAAACCCUGUAUCAUCUAACAUCAACAUCACUAAAGUAGUUAACGUUCGAGAUGGUGUAUAAUGGUUAGAUGCGAAAACUCUGAUGAAUGUACCAAAUUUAAAAAGUUAGCAGAUGUUAAACUGGCCAAUGACUACACAAUCAAAGAAGUUCCUGUACUGAAUCCUCGCUUCAAGAUCGUCGGUAUCUCUGAAAAUCUUUCUGAAAAUUAUCUUAUAAAUGUUAUUAAAAGCCAGAACAAAAAUGAAAUAUGUCCAGAUAGUAAUAAUCUCCCAAUCACCUUUGAAAAAGAAUAACAAACUUUUCCAAGUCAUAAUACAGUCAGAUAUUAAUAGUUAUGAAAAGGUUAUGUCACUAGGAAAACUAUUUGUUGGCUACGAUUAUUGUAAUUUUUUUGACGCCAUUGAGCUAAGGCGGUGCUUCAAGUGCUGUCGUUUUCAUCACUUAGAAAAACACUUUAAUUCAUCUGUUCAUAUUUUUCCAUUAUGUGCUCAAAAUCAUAAAUUCAGUGAAUGUUAUAAACCCAGCAAUAAGUACUGCAUUAACUGCUAUAACUUUAACAAAACUGCCGAAAAUCCGAUCCCCGUAAAUCAUUCAAUUUUGCAAUAUAAUGAGUGUCGUGUAUAUAAAAAAACUCUGAAUGAAUUUAGAUCCAAUAUUCUGUCUCCUAAGUAGCAACCAGAUCGAGCGCAUCCUGUUUCAACUAUUAAUAAUGAAAGUAAAUGUACUAUGUCUAACUUUUCUCUUUUCUAUCAGAAUGUUCGUGGCACUCGUACGAUGACUUGAGAUCUUUAUCUUAACUCAUCAACUUCCUCUCAAUAUGACAUUAUUACUCGGAACUGUUUAAUCCAAACCUUUACAAUAUUUACAGAACUGAUAGAAAAUUCUAUAAAAUGUCUGCAACACUAGGUGCAAAAAAAUAAUUUUCGUCCAGUAUUUUUGACACUAAACAUAUUUUUUAACCUCUUAUAUCUAUUGAUGUAACAUCUAUAAAACUGAAAUUGGGUAAAGCAAAUGUUUAUGUUUUC